AUGAACCCAGCGGGCUCAGACUCCACUCCUGUUACCCAGGAUCCAGUUCGAUCUGCCAUCCAAGCCCAAGGUCACAGAAUCCACAAACAGGAGGAACUACUUGGACAACUACGUGGCGACUUACAGAGGAUGGCGGACCAACAGGAGUCCAUGAUAGCUGCCUUCACAAGCCAACUUAACAUGUUGGCAGAACGGUUAAGUCCCAGCCAAGCCAACCCAGACUCAGCCUCAGUAAGCGCAGCUUCAUCUGCUCCACUGGUACCACCUCUGCGACAGAGAGGUCAGAGAGUAACUGAUUAUGCUAUACAGUUCCGGACUCUAGCGGCCGAGAGUGGAUGGAAUCCAACUGCACUGUUCGAUGCAUUUCUGAAUGGACUUAAUGACCAUGUGAAAGAUCAGCUGGCCCCCCUUGACCUACCUGAGACUCUGGAUGAGCUCAUAGCACUGGCUAUCAAGAUUGACAGGCGGCUAAUAGAGCGGGAGCACGAGAAGUGUCGUAGGAUUCCUCAACAGUAUAGGGGGCCGUGUUUCUCACCAGCCCAGGGAGCAGCUAACUCUGAAACCCCUGCCCCGUAUCCUAGAGAGGACGAGCCAAUGCAGCUAGGACGCACUCGUUUGACACCCGAAGAACGAGAGAAGCGUAUGAGGGAGGGGCGCUGCUACUACUGUGGGGGAUUUGGUCAUUUCUCAGCCACAUGCUCGGCAAAAGCUCGGGCUCGCCAGUGA